AUGGAUGAACACGACGACCACGCGAUCGCCCUGAGCAUUGCACAGGCUGUCGAAGCCGACGCCGAACUCAUUGCCGCUCUCAUUCGUGAGGAGGAUCAGGCCAGAAGAGACCACGAAUUUGCCACCCAGCUGGAAGAGGACUCAGACGCGACGCCCGAAACAGAUGACGAUGGUGAUUAUAUUGGGCUUGAUGACGAAACGUACCAUACAUUGCACGCUUUCAACGUUGCUGCUCAGCUGAGAGAGAACACUGAAGUUGAGAUGGAACUCAGUGAUGAAGGAGACCACGAUGAUAUGAGCUUUGACGAAGGGGAUGAGACAGAGUGUGGAAGCAACCCUGAUGAGGACUUCGGGGGUGACACCGAUGAUCAGAGCGACUGCACAGCUGAUCCAGAGGACUUCUCCUACAUGGAUGAAGAUGAAACCCAGACAAAGGUUGUCCAAAUCGACGGAGCCCAACCCGAGGGCACCCAGGAAGAGCGAGAUGCCGACGAGCACCCCGGAACCGCGUAG